UGGGAAGCUCAAAUGCACGGUCGUUGGGCUUAGCCAUGUUAAAGAACGCUGAUUUAUUUAUUUUGUCUCACCCCAUAUCCUGGACCUUCCUGUAAAAGAAUCCAAGAUUCAGUUGCAUGCCCUGAGUACAAAGAUUUGAAGAUACGUACAACAGACGGUAUUUCGGACUGAGCUCAUUUCCCCCCUUUGGUGAUACAACAGAAUUCAAUCAUGAGUCAAAAAGAUCCCUUGGAAGACAUGGAAGUAUGCUGUGAGCCCUUAUGUCCAGUCUGUGGCCAGACACAUUUACCAGAAGAGAACCAUUCAUAUACCUACACAGAAGAUGUGGAUGAUGAUCUAAUUUGUCACAUCUGCCUACAACCUUUGCUUCAGCCACUGGACACGCCUUGUGGCCAUACCUACUGUACAAUUUGCCUUACAGAUUUCUUAGUAGAAAAAGACUUCUGCCCGAUGGACCGCAAAAUUCUCACCCUACAGACUUGCAGAAAAUCCAGCAUACUAGUAAAUAAACUCCUGGACAAGCUAAUGGUUAGCUGCCCUUUCACUGAACACUGCACAGAGGUCUUUCAACGUUGUGAUCUUGAACAACAUUUCCAAAAUGGAUGUAAAGGAGCAUCCCAUUAUGGCCUUACCAAAGACCGAAAGCGACGUUCACAGGAUGGGUCUCUAGAUUCUACUGCUGCUUUGACUGUAGCCGCUCUUGGCCCAGAGCUCUCUGCUGCCGCCACGAUAGCCUUAAUGACAGACGAGCCGGGCUUAAUUAACCCAGCCUUCAUCACCACCUCUGAAGACUGCCAGUCAGGACCCAGCUCUGCUGACCUUAACAGAAGCAAUCAAACUAGACCUCAACAUUUCGAACGUUCCACUAUAAGAAGCAGGUCCUUUAAGAAAAUAAACAGAGCUUUCAGCGUUCUUCGGAGGACAAAAAGUGGGAGUUCUGUUGCUAACCAUGCUGAAGGGGACCCAGAGAAUGUUGAAAAUAUGUUGGCCUCAGAAGAAGUGUUUCCAAGGUUGUAUCACCUCAUCCCAGACGGUGAAAUUACCAGCAUUAAGAUCAGCCGCAGCAACCCCAGCGAAAGUCUUGCCAUCAGGAUUGUGGGAGGCAGUGAAACACCAUUGGUUCACAUCAUUAUACAGCACGUCUAUCGCGAUGGAGUCAUUGCCAGAGACGGAAGAUUGCUCCCGGGGGACAUGAUACUGAAGGUAAACGGCAUGGACAUCAGAAACGUACCUCACAGCUACGCCUUGUCAGUUCUGAGGCAGCCCUGCCAAGUCCUCCGGCUGACGGUACUCAGGGAGCAGAGGUACAGGUGUCGAAACAGUGGACUUCCCUUGGAUGUUCCCUGCAACAGGGAUGACAGCGUUCACAUUGUUCUAAGCAAAAGCAACCCCGAGGAGCAGCUGGGCAUCAAGCUGGUCCGCAAGGCUGAUGAAACCGGGGUGUUUGUCUUCAACUUGCUGGAAGGAGGUGUUGCUGCCCGGGAUGGACAACUUCAAGAGAACGACAGGGUUCUAGCUAUCAAUGGUCACGAUCUCCGCUACGGAAGCCCGGAGAGCGCUGCCCAGCUUAUACAGGCUAGCGAGAAGCGUGUCCACUUCACCGUGUCUCGGCAAAGCAGGCAGCAGACUCCUGAUAUCUUGCAGGAGGCUGGAUGGGAUUACAAUGGUGGGCAUCAACCCUGCCCUGCACCGAGGAAUAAUCCUAACAAGGCUACUCUCCAUGCGGUCACCUGUCAUGAAAAGGUGGUGGUUGUCCGAAAAGAUAAUGCAGAGUCACUGGGAAUGACAGUGGCAGGUGGUGCAUCCUCCCACAGGGAGUGGGAUUUGCCUAUUUAUGUUAUAAGUGUCGAACCAGGUGGAGUCAUCAGCAGAGAUGGCAGAAUCAAAACAGGUGACAUUCUGCUCAAUGUAAACGGGAUUGAUCUGACAGGUGUCAGCCGUGGAGAGGCCGUUGCCCUUUUGAAAAACACCUCCUCAUCUGUAAUCCUCAAAGCACUUGAACUGAAAAAGUGUGAGACCCCAGCGGAUGAGAGCGACGAGUCACUACUCACUGCCCAUUUGAACACCUCUGGCUCUAGCGAAUGGUCUCCUUCCUGGGUGAUGUGGCUGAGGCUGCCCCGGUACUUGUACAGCUGCAAAGACAUUGUAUUACGAAGAAAUACAGCCGGAAGCCUCGGCUUCAGCAUCGUAGGCGGCUAUGAAGAAAACAGUGGAAACAAACCAUUCUUUAUCAAAUCCAUUGUUGGAGGGACUCCAGCCUAUAAUGAUGGAAGAAUUAGGUGUGGUGACAUCCUCCUUGCAGUUAAUGGCAGAAAUAUUUCUGGAAUGGUGCAUGCUAACUUGGCCAGGAUGCUAAAGGAGCUGAAGGGGAAAAUUACGCUCACCAUUGCGUCCUGGCCUGGCACUUUUUUAUAAAGAUUCGUUUCAGCUGGAGAGCAACAAAUCAUUUGGCACAAAUCAAGCACUUAAUAUGGACGUUUGUUUACUCCACUUUCUGGUCAGUUGUAUACUUGUGAAAGAAAAUUGUGAAAUGUAAAUGUGCAUCCAAUAAACAGAACGGUCUUCAGAAAAAAAAAUACUUCAUGGUGUGUGUUAGAGAAAUGAGCACUUUUAAAAUAUGGAAGUCCACUAAGAUCAUAAAUCAGGGUACACAUUUUUUGCUGCUCUCUGUCUCAUAUGUUUGUAUUUUUAUAUCUAAUCCAAGCAGCAGUAGUAAUAUAUUCCACCUGCAGUUUCUACAAAAAGAAAAUAAAUUUGAACACCUAGUUUGCAAGUGUUUCUAAGAGCUCUUGGUAACUGUUGAAACACUUUUCAAAUAAUUAAGUUGACAGCAUGUCUUCAAGACACAAUAGUAGCUUGAUGAUUAAAUGAAAUCCCUUUUUGUGGUCAGUAUGAAGCAAAUCUUUUUCAAAAUACUUUUGUUUCCUAGUCUGUAAUAACUGUGAAUGAAAAUUUCAUUUCUACUGUUAAUAUAAUUGUCAUUGUUAACUUGUAAAGCCAGGUUAUUUUCAUUAAAAAAGCACAAAAUAUA